UGGAAUCCUUUGGAUGAGACACGCGGGCUGCUUGAGCCCAAAUUCAUUCAUUUCAGUGGACCGCUCUUUCUCAAUAGAACAACAACACAUUCUGCACGGAUUCAUUUUACCCUUGUAGGACAACAGCUAACAGAGUCAGAAUAAGUGAAUUAAAGACGGAAUAUGACAAAAAUAUUGACAGCCUGCAACGUCGUCAAAUCACUGAGGCUAGGAUGGCUCGCAGCCAGAAGAAGCAGCAACCCUGCUUGUUUGAGGUCUGCUAGGCUCUUCAGUGUUAAGGCCCAGAUAGCCCACCUGGUCCUGGAGGAUGGUACCCGGAUGAAGGGCUUCUCCUUUGGGGAUGAACGAUCUGCUGCUGGGGAGCUGGUCUUCAACACUGGCCUGGUGGGGUACCCAGAGGCUUUGACUGACCCCAGCUACAGAGGUCAAAUCCUGACCCUGACCUACCCUAUAGUGGGGAACUACGGCGUUCCAAACACUCAGGAGCUGGAUGAGCUGGGCCUGAGGAGGAACAUUGAGUCAGACCGUAUACAGGUAUCUGGACUCUUGGUGCAGGAUUACAGUCAUGAGUACAGUCACUGGAACUCUGUCAAGUCCCUGGGACAGUGGCUACAGGAGGAGAAGGUUCCUGCAUUGUUUGGAGUGGAUACUAGGAUGCUGACCAAGAUCAUCAGAGACAAGGGUACAGUGUUGGGGAAGAUAGAGUUUGAGGGCCAUCCAAUAGAGAUAUCAGACCCUAACCAGCAGAACAUUUUAGCAGAAGUCUCAACAAAGGAGACCAGAGUGUUUGGGAAAGGUAACCCCAUCAAAGUGGUGGCUGUUGACUGUGGCAUCAAGCACAACAUCAUCAGGCUGCUUGUUAAGCGUGGUGCUGAGGUCCAUCUGGUGCCCUGGAACCAGGACCUGAUGAGUCUGGAGUACGAUGGCCUGUUCAUCUCCAACGGCCCUGGGGAUCCCUCUCUGGCAGGAGACCUCAUACAGAACGUCCGCAAGGUUCUGGAGAGUGACCGGCCACAGCCUGUCUUUGGUAUCUGUAUGGGCAACCAGAUCACAGCACUGGCUGCAGGGGCCCAGUCCUACAAACUGCCCAUGGGUAACAGAGGUCAGAACCAGCCUGUACUCAACGUGAUGACGGGUCAGGCCUUCAUCACAGCCCAGAACCAUGGUUAUGGCAUUGACAGCACCUCUCUACCACCUGGAUGGAGCCCGCUGUUUGUUAACGCCAACGACGGAACCAACGAAGGUAUCAUGCACGACACCAAGCCAGUCUUCACGGCUCAGUUCCACCCAGAAGCUAAAGGUGGACCUACAGACACUGAGUUCCUAUUUGAUGUGUUCAUAUCCCUGAUAAAGAAUGGGAAGGAGGCCAACAUUGUGUCAGUCAUGCCCAAGAAGCCUGCUAUCCCACCUAGGACUCAGGUUUCCAAGGUGCUGGUGCUGGGGUCUGGAGGUCUGUCCAUUGGUCAGGCUGGGGAGUUUGACUACUCUGGAUCACAGGCCGUCAAAGCCAUGAAGGAGGAGAACGUGAGGACGGUGCUGAUGAAUCCGAACAUAGCAUCUGUGCAGACCAACGAGGUGGGGACUAAACAGGCUGACUCUGUCUACUUCCUGCCUGUCACGCCUCAGUUUGUCACAGAGGUCAUUAAGACCGAACGACCUGACGGAAUCCUUCUGUCUAUGGGAGGACAGACCGCUCUAAACUGUGGAGUGGAGCUGUUCCAGAGUGGGGUACUGCAGAAGUAUGGGGUGAAGGUGUUGGGGACCCCUGUAGAGUCCAUUAUGGCUACUGAAGACAGACAGCUGUUUGCUGACAAGCUUAACGAGAUCAAUGAGAAGAUCGCUCCCAGCUUCGCUGUGGAGACGGUGGCAGAUGCCCUGAAGGCAGCGGAUCAGAUAGGCUACCCUGUCAUGCUACGUUCUGCCUAUUCCCUGGGCGGACUGGGCUCAGGAUUCUGUGCCAACAAGGACAAGCUGGAGGAGACCGCUCGGAAGGCCCUGGCGAUGAGCUGUCAGAUCCUUGUGGAGAAGUCUCUGAUGGGUUGGAAAGAGGUGGAGUAUGAAGUAGUCAGGGACAUCGCUAAUAACUGUGUCACUGUCUGCAACAUGGAGAACUUUGACCCCCUCGGCAUUCACACAGGUGACUCUAUUGUGGUGGCCCCCAGCCAGACUUUGUCCAAUGAGGAGUACCACAUGCUGCGUGAGACGGCCAUCAAGGUAGUGCGUCACCUGGGCAUCGUGGGGGAGUGUAACAUCCAGUACGCCCUUCACCCUGGCUCUCUAGAGUACUGCAUCAUAGAGGUCAACGCUCGCCUCUCACGCAGCUCUGCCCUCGCAUCCAAGGCCACCGGGUACCCCCUGGCGUUUGUUGCAGCCAAGCUGGCUUUGGGCAUCCCUCUGCCGGAGAUCAAGAACACGGUGUCAGAGAAAACCACAGCCUGUUUCGAACCAAGCCUGGAUUACAUUGUCACUAAGAUCCCUCGCUGGGACCUUGACCGAUUCCAGGGCAUGUCCCGAGAAAUAGGCAGCUCCAUGAAGAGUGUUGGAGAGGUGAUGGCGGUUGGGCGUACAUUUGAGGAGAGCAUGCAGAAGGCUCUGAGAAUGUGCCACCCCUCUGUGGACGGGUUUAUGCCCCGCCUGCCCCUCAACAAGCCUUGGUCGGCUCAGCAGGACCUACACCAGGAGUUGGCUGUACCCUCCAGCACACGGGUUUUCUCCCUGGCCAAGGCCCUUCACAGUGGUGUGACUGUAGACCACAUCCACCAUCUCACUGCCAUAGACAAGUGGUUCCUACACAAGCUACGACGCAUCACAGAGUUGGAGCAGCACCUGAGCCAGUUCAACAGUGCAACAUUACCCCAGACCCUGCUGCUGAAGGCUAAACAGGACGGCUUCUCAGACCGCCAGGUGGGCCAGGCCCUUGGCUCCAGCGAGGGGGAGGCCAGAGUGUUGAGGCUGGCUCAGAACAUUAAACCCUGGGUGAAACAGAUUGACACCCUUGCUGCAGAGUACCCUGCUGUGACCAACUACCUGUACUGUACCUACCAUGGACAGGAGCAUGACUUGGAGUUCAAGGACCAUGGUGUCAUGGUGCUGGGAUGUGGUCCCUAUCACAUUGGGAGCAGUGUGGAGUUUGACUGGUGUGCAGUGUCCAGUAUCCGAGCCCUGCGUCAGAUGGGCAUGCGGACAGUGGUGGUAAACCACAACCCUGAGACUGUCAGCACGGACUUUGACGAAUGUGACCGCCUGUACUUUGAAGAGUUGACUCUGGAACGCAUUCUGGACAUCACACAGCAAGAGGGCUGUACAGGCAGCAUCGUGUCUGUAGGGGGUCAGAUCCCCAAUAACCUGGCCAUGCCUCUGCACCUGAACGGGGUCAAGAUCCUAGGAACCAACCCCCAGCAGAUCGACCGAGCCGAGGAGAGGUCAGUGUUCUCCACCAUCCUGGAUGAACUGGGGGUGGCCCAGGCCCCGUGGAAGGCCCUCAGCUCACUGGAAGAUGCCUUUGCCUUUGCCAAUAAAGUGGGAUACCCCUGUCUCCUGCGCCCCUCUUACGUGCUCAGUGGCUCAGCAAUGAACGUGGCAUACGGUGAAGAAGAGAUGAGGGGCUUCUUGGACGAGGCUACUCAGGUGUCUCAGGAGCAUCCAGUGGUCAUCACCAAGUUCAUCCGUGGAGCCAGAGAGGUGGAGGUGGAUGCAGUGGCCAAGAUGGGAAAAGUGCUGUGCCAUGCUAUAACAGAGCAUGUGGAGGAUGCUGGGGUCCACUCUGGAGAUGCCACACUCAUGCUACCUACCCAGAGCAUCAGCCAGGGGGCCCUAGAGAAGGUGAAGAGUGCCACACGGAAAAUUGCUAAGGCGUUUGAGAUCUCUGGUCCAUUCAAUACUCAGUUCCUAGUGAAAGGCAACGAUGUCAUGGUGAUAGAGUGUAACCUGCGAGCAUCACGCUCCUUCCCCUUCGUAUCUAAGACCAUCGGUGUGGACUUCAUUAGUGUGGCUACACGGGUCAUGGUGGGUGAACCCCAGGAUGAGGCUGCUCUACCUUCUCUGGAGAACCCCAUCAUCCCCGUUGACUAUGUGGGAAUCAAGGCUCCUAUGUUCUCCUGGCCUCGCCUUCGUGAUGCCGACCCAGUCCUGCGCUGUGAAAUGGCUUCCACAGGAGAGGUGGCUUGUUUUGGACCAAACAUCUACUCUGCCUUCCUCAAGGCUAUGCUAUCCACUGGCUUCAAGCUGCCUACAAAAGGAAUCCUCAUCGGGAUCCAGCAUUCGUUCCGGCCCAACUUCUUAGCCACAGCACACCAGCUGAAUGAAGAAGGCUUUAAGCUCUUUGCUACAGAGGCCACCUCGGCCUGGCUCUCUGCCAAUGAUGUGCCCGCCACCCCUGUGGCAUGGCCCAGCCAGGAGGGAGGAGAUGCCAGCUUGCCCAGUAUUAUCAGGCUGAUCAAUGAGGGCCACAUUGACCUGGUGAUAAACCUUCCCAACAACAACAGCAAGUUCCUCAGGGACAAUUUCCUAAUCCGCAGGAUGGCUGUGGACCACGGGGUGCCUCUCAUCACCAACUACCAGGUGGUCAAGCUGUUUGCUGAGGCCAUAAAGUAUGCCAGCGAGUUGGACACCACCAGCCUGUUCCACUACCGCCAACGGGACGCUGACCGCCAACGGGACGCUGACCUCGAAAAGGAAGCUGACCGCCUUAGGGACGCUGCCGCCGGACUGCAGAGCUAGAGCUGCACCCCCCUUCUCAUCUCUUCAUCUAUCUCUGACCCUCCCUCUCUCCCUCAUCCUCUCCCCCCCAUCCCUCCCCCACAGGGCCCAGACACAGCACAGUUCAGCACAGCUCACUCCAUCAGGGUCCUCCAACACCAGGAAAGACCAUGAUGACCCUUGACCUUUCACGUGACAUGCUUCUUUACAGAGUAGAGAUGUAUUUGUCCCCUUUCCCCUGAAGUGUGCACUCACACACUCCUCCCCAUUGAUUUUAAAGUGUUGGAUUGGUGUAAGAAUGUUGGGCCAGAGGGAGUUUCCACCAUAUUUCUUCCAUCAGUCAGCUCCUCUGAAAUCCAUGAAGGGAAGCAAAGGUCAGAGAUUUGGACACAGGGCUCGUCUUCCAUGACAACUGUUGCUGCCUGUCUCUUUUCCUCUGUGAUGUCUGGCGGAUACUGUACCAAACAUAGUUACUGUAGCAUAGAUAGUUACUGUAGCGAAGAUAGUUACUGUACCAGAAGUUAAAGGGGGUAAACCAUUGUUAUUGACACCUGUAAAUGUAGCCCAUAAUUAUAUGCCAAAUCAAAUGUGUUUUAAAGACAUUUCACAUCUAGGGAUAGAGGAUGUUUGUUUGUGAUCUCAUUGAACCACAUCCAAGGGCAGUAUCUGUCCUGUUUACACUCCACAAACACAUUUUUCUUUAUCUUGGCUGUAUUUUGGCUGUAUUUUCCUCAUACUGAAAACACAUAAAACACCUUUGAUAUUUUGUUUGCCAGUUCUGAAGCCUUCAACAUUUUAAAGUCUAAAACAGACCUUGCUGACAAACCUUUAAAAGCAGCGGGUGGCCAUCCUAUUAUCUCUGACCAGAACAUCGGGCAUCAUUUUCUGUUCCAGUGACGACAUGUUGACUCACCACUGAUCGUCUCUAACUAACCCACCCGUCUCUAACUAGCCAGCCGCUGCUUUGAGCUGUUGUAAUGCCUGCUACAUUAAAGGACUCAGUUUGGCCAGUGACCCAUACAACUGCUUCAUGCAUUCAUGCAUUUUGGUUAUAGACUAAAGAUGGUGCUAUGGACCCAACUAGGAUUGUAUGUGUAUGUUGAGUGCAGUGUUGGAAAAAGUACCCAAUUGUCAUACUUGAGUAAAACUAUAGAUACUUAGAAAGUUACUCAAGUACAAGUGAGUCACCCCCCUUAAGUAAAAGUCUUAAAGUAUUCUGUUCUAAAUGUACUUAAGUGUCUAAAGUUAAGGUAGAAAUCAUUUCAAAUUCCUUAUAUUAAGCAAAGCAGACGGCAUCAUUGUCUUGUAUUAAACAUUUGCAGAUAACCAGGGACUCCAACACUCAGACAUCAUUUUGAAAAUAUGCAUUUUUGUUUAGUGAGUCCACCAAAUCAGAGGCAGCAGGGAUGACCACGUGUUCUCUUGAUAAGUCCGUGAAUGGGACCAUUUUCCUGUCCUGCUAAGCAUUCAAAAUGUAACGAGUACUUUUGGGUGUCAGGUAAAAUGUACAUUAUUUUCUUUAGGAAUGUAGUGAUGUAAAACUUGUCAAAAAUAUAAAUAGCAAAGUAAAGUACAGAUACCCCCAACAAAAACUUCUUAAGUAGUACUUUUAACAUAUUUUUACUGAAAUACUUUACACCAGUGGUUGAGUGUGUGUGUGUUGAGUGUGUUUUACUAGGCACCCUUCGAGAUAGCUUCUACAUUCUUGAUAUUUUGAGGCCGAGUUAUGAAUAUAUCCAAAAUGCUUCUGUCUUUUAAAAAAAAACUAUCUGAAAGUUUUGAGUUAUUUUGGGGACAAUUUUAGUUAACGAUCCUAACAGCUGAUUAGUUAUAUUUUACAUGUAUUUGUGUGUCCAUGUUUAUAAAUAACAUGAGCUUACAUUUCAAAGUACUCUCUCUUUCAUAAACAUCUGCAUUCUGCAUACAUACAAAUCUAAUAAAAGCAGUAUUCACCAUG